AUGGCGGCGGCUGCAGCGAUUCGUGGGGUCCGAGGGCAAUUGGGCCUUCGUGAAGUUCGUAUCCAUUUGUGCCAGCGCUCGCCCGGCAGCCAGGGCGUCAGGGACUUCAUUGAAAAACGCUAUGUGGAGCUGAAGAAAGCGAAUCCCGACCUGCCCAUCCUAAUCCGCGAGUGCUCGGAUGUGCAGCCCAAGCUCUGGGCCCGCUACGCAUUUGGCCAAGAGAAGAAUGUCUCUCUGAACAACUUCAGUGCUGAUCAGGUAACUAGAGCCCUGGAGAAUGUGCUAAGUAGCAAAGCCUGA